AUGCCUCCGGACAAAUCGGUUGGCGUCGGACUCCGCACACCGUCCGAGGCCGGUAUGGACCAGGAAAUCGCCCAGAUAGUCGCGAAAAUCCACGACACACCCCAGCAAUCCGUGCUGGCCGUCGCGGGUGCCGGCAACUACGCUCUGGCCUGGCUCCUCGGAGUUGGUGGGGCCUCGCGCACUGUGCUUGAGACCCGGGUUCCGUACGGAUACCUGGCGAUGACCGAUUUCCUCGGCGGAUACGCUCCCGAGCAAACCGUUUCCGCGGACACCGCGCGACGCAUGGCCCGAGCAGCAUGGGGUCGAGGGUUGUCCUUGCGGGAGCAGGACGCGCCCAUCGUCGGGUUGGCGUGCACCGCGACGAUCGCCACGGACCGCACCAAGCGGGGGGACCACCGGGCGUUCAUCGCGACUUGGGAUCAUGACGUGGCAACUACCGACGUAAUCGUACUUGACAAGGGGUUGCGCGAACGCGCCGGCGAAGAGGAGGUGGUCAGUCGUUUGGUCAUUGCCGCCCUCGCCCGCGCCUGCGGCGUGUCCGCCGAACUCGAUCUGAGGCUGGCGUCCUCGGAGCGAGUCGAAACCGAAACCCUCCGCCACGCCGAGCCGGUGCAACGGUUGCUGGAUGGAGACGCCAGCUGGGUCACAGUCCAUCCGGACGGUCGGAUGGUUGUCGAUGGAGACGCGCCGCAAGCCCUGCUGCCAGGCUCCUUUAACCCCCUUCACGCGGGUCACACGGAAUUGGCUGAGGCGGUGACCGGCGCACUCGGAGUUCCUGUUGCAUACGAGCUGUCGGUGUCGAAUGUUGACAAACCACCCCUGGCUGCGGUGGAGGUCCACGGCCGACUGGACCAAUUCCGCGGGAUUGGCACGGUGGUGCUUACCAGGGCGGAGACCUUCAUCAAAAAGUCGGAGCUGUUCCCCGGGUGCGGUUUCGCCAUCGGAUGGGAUACCGUUACCCGGCUGAUUCAACCCCGAUAUUACGGAAAUUCCGAUGCUGCGAUGUUGAAAGCCCUGGCCGCCAUGUGGGGCCGUGGCAGCCGCUUCGCGGUUGGCGGGCGCACCGAUGACGGCGGCGCGUUUCGGUCGCUUGCGGACGUGAAUAUCCCGGAUGGGUUCCGGCUUAUGUUUACGGAGAUACCGGAGACCGACUUCCGGCGCGACCUGUCCUCCACAGCCAUACGCGAAACCCAUCGCCUCAAUUGA